AUGUCGGCUUAUGGUACAACUCGCGGAGGCUUGCCACCUUCAGGCCAGCUUGGAAAGGACAAGACAACCGACUAUCAUACAGCUCUAUUUCGCCGUCUCGCCUGGGAAGGCACAGUUCCCAUCGAAAUCCGCGUCGAUCCCAAGGAACUACCAGCAAACUCGGAUAGAGGACUAGAAUGCUAUUAUAUCCAGGCUCCUCGAGUCAGCUACCUGCCCCUUCUCCUCCCUGAAAUCAGACGAUUCCUUAUGGACGUCGUCUUUGAUGAAACAGCGGCUUCAGGCCUCAAGGAGGAAGAUUGGUGGUUUGAAACUGAAGAGGGAACAGUCAUGAAAUGGCACUGGCCAAUAGGUCUCCUGUAUGAUACUCAUACAAUAUCCAUGUCGUUGCGAAAUCAAGGACCACACCAUUCUCCCAACUCUACAGCGGCAGUCCCCCUCCGCCUCAUCCUCCACCUAGCAUCACCGCCUAUGGAAAAGCUCCUCCUAGGACCUAGCCAGGAGUCGUGCAAACAAGCCUUCAUGGGCCAGAUAAAAGAAGCGGAUUUCAUUCGCUGGGGAAGUACCAAGCGAGUCACGGGUCUACGAAAGAACGAGCAGGAUGGUAUCUGGGAAGGGAUCAAAGAACACAACUUUGACGACUACUGGCGUGUAGCCUCCAAAGUUACUCCCGCAGCCGCACCGUCUUCGACGUUAUCUCCCCCAUCUUCAUCCCACAGCCGUCCAGCUUCUACCGACACUGGAUCUGCGAUUGAUCGGGAUGGUGCUUAUAGUGUCCGCAGUAUUCCUGUUCGAGUCUAUCUUCCUGACGGUCCAACUCUGCAAGAAUUCGUGCCACCACUUUUGGAAGAUGGUACACCAAACACCCUGGGCAACUUCCUCUCAACUCACUUGUCUUUACUCUUCCCUCCUCGACCCCCAGCACCACCUCCAUCGCGUUCGAACCCUAAUCCGCAACCUCCGUCCGUACCCGAGUUGGCGUAUGUCCUCAUCCAAGGUGUCGUCUCACCUCCGGAAGCCGAAAUGGCGUGGCUGGGCGUUUGCCUUUCCGGCGCAGAUGGAUGGCUGAACAUUUGCAUUGGUAUCAACAGGAGCUGA